UCCCUCGUUCCUCCUACGAACUGAUGUGCCAGCAUCGUUGUCAUGGAUACCGUUGCUGUGGUAACUAAUACGGAUUGGCUGCAAAUGGCAAAGAAUGUACACGUUAUUGGUAUUUCUAAAAUCUUUCUUGUAGUAAAUCAAUACUCUGCAUUCAGUUGCGGGUCUUCAUCGUACUUCGUAAUGUUAGCAUUAGAAUCAUAGGGAAUAUAGUAUUACCUUCAUGCCGAUUCGUUAAAGUAAUUUUGAAAGACAGUACUUAUACUUCCUUCUGUUAAUUAAACAAACCAAUUAGUGCUGUGGAAUUCACGUGAAAUAUGUCAUUCAAUAGUUCCCAUUUAAUAAAGAAUUGGAACCAUCAAGCUACUUGAAAUAUUAACAAAAAUGUAAUCUGAUAAAAAUUCAGCACGUGACUUACUGUUAAAGCGAUGAGGUCCGAAGAGACGCGUUUUCCUUAUCAAGCGGAUACUUGUAUUGAUUUUAUUCUACCCAAUGGUUUUACAGAGAGCUAUCUGUCCUGCACCUUGGCAUCUCUCUUCGUUGCUGAGUAGAUGUUCCUCUUUGUAGACGUAGACAAACUUCAUACAUCUAUCAAAGGUCAUAUGUACCAAAUACCAGGAUAAUUCAAGUUCACUUGGACAGUUCACAUCAGGUCGUCUUGGAUACUAUGAUUCAGCGACGAGUCCUCCUAUGUCUGGUGUUUGCUUCGUGUGUUGUGGUGUUCCUUGUGACGUAUGCUAGCGACAGUUUCCAGAAGCUCACCCUGAGCCAAACAUCGUUCCACUGGAAGCUGUACGACAGAGUGCUGUAUAUGGUGGAUACUCCAGGAUGUCAGAUACCCAAGUGGAACAUUUUUGAUCCGACUGUGAAAGUGUUUUACCAAAACGUUUCGAGCAAAUCGCUUUGCGACGGGAUACCAUCUUUUAUCGAAGUUAAGCCUAAUGCUCAGCUUGAAAUAAACGAUACUAUACUAGCAACGUAUUAUGUUUCGUCUUCCGUGAAUAUUUCAUGUUCUUAUCUUCCAAUCUUCCGUGAUCCAGGAGGAUUAAAUAAAAGAACAGAUAAAAAAUUUAAGUUGGGGAAACCCAAAAACCUUGUUUUCGGGGUACCAUUGCAAGAAGAAUUUAUUAUUGUACAGUGCAGCCAUGAUGGCGAAAUGUUGCACGAAGAAUACAUCUCAAUGACACCUCUAAAAAGGCGUGUUGAGGAAAGAUGCGCAGAACAAGCCAAAAUGUUUCCCAAAUCAGAAAACUUAAAUGUGAUGCUCAUUGGUAUUGACUCCAUUUCCACGCUUAACUUUUUCCGACAUUUUGAGAAAACAAAUAAUUACCUCCACAAAGUUUUGAAAGCCAUUCAACUGAUGGGCUAUAAUAAAGUGGGGGAUAAUACCUUUCCCAAUGUAACCCCUUUCCUUACGGGUCAUUUCAUUGAUUAUUACUGGAACGAAACGAGGAAAAAAAUGUUUUUUGACCAUCUUGAUUUCGUAUGGAAAGAUUACGCGAAAAGUGGCUUUCGAACCAUGUUUGCCGAAGACGCCCCCAACAUCGCAACAUUCAACUAUCUAAAAAAAGGUUUUCUGGAACCCCCCACUGAUUAUUACUACCGGCCUUUUGCUCUUGCACUCGAAAAAUCAGACAUCAUGAAGAAAAGCAGAACCCACUGUAUCCAAGAGAAGAUGGAAAUGCAGAUGGUAUUCGAUUAUGUUAAACAAUUUACCGCUACUAUGAAAGAUAAAAUGUUUCUUCUGUUCGCGUUUGUGGCUCGUCUGACACACGAUAACUUAAAUUACGCUGGUUAUGCCGAUGAGCCGUCCUUUCAACUCUUGAAACAUCUCCAUGAAACGGGAGCUCUCAAUAACACGAUGCUAAUCUUCUUUAGCGACCACGGUAUCCGCUUCGGAAAUAUUCGCAAAACCUAUAUCGGCAAAUUCGAAGAAAGAAUGCCGUUUCUUUUUAUCGUGUUACCUACAUGGUUUCACACAAAAUACCCGGAUAUAUCGAGAAACCUACACACUAACCAGAGGCGAUUAACGACACCCUUUGAUGUUCAUGCCACUUUAGUGCACCUGUUGAACCUAAACGAAAAGAAAGAAGAACCGUUCUCAACAAGCCGGGGGACUAGCUUGUUCACUGAAAUAUCAGCAAACAGGACUUGUGAGGACGCAUCAAUUCUUCCGCACUGGUGCACGUGCAAUAAACACCAGAAGGUGGAAGUGACCGAUUCCACUGUACAUUCAGCGGCCAAAGUCUUGGUUACAACAGUUAACCACAGGCUGAGUAGUUAUGUGAACGUCUGUGUACCUCUGAUCCUUGACCACGUGCUAGACGCUAGGUUAUUCGUAGCUAAUGAAAAAUUGCUUAAGUUUCAAAAGAACGUGAACGAUGUGGUCAACCGGCACGUGAAAUAUGGUGAUAAAAUAGAAGCACCCGAAGACUACCUCCUCACAGUAGUAGUGUCUCCCAGUAAAGCUGUCUUCGAGAGUACUGUACGAUACGACAGAAAGAAUGAAGUCUUCAGUGUUCUAGAUGACGUUAGCCGCCUUAACAGGUAUGGGAACCAAUCAGCGUGUAUAAAGAAUGCGCGUUUACGAAAGUUCUGUUUUUGCAGACGAUAGAUACCUCAGGGUCAUGGUAUUUUGAAUUGUUGUUUGUCUUUUUUUUUACUAAGUGAGGAACGUAAUUUCUUCUGGUAUGUUAUCUUAUUAAGUUUAGAAGUAAAAUUUUCAUGUUGAACAGUAAAGUAUCAAUAACCUUACUUACUUUUCAUGCCAGUUAGGCUUAGCUGUCAUGGUUUCUUAAUACGUCGAGUUGAAAAUCACUCACAGAUAUCAAAUGAUAAUUUGAAAUGAAAAACUUUAGUUGAAAGACCGUCUUUAUAUUUAAACAAUUAAGUUUCGUAACUAAAACAUUAUAUUCAAAUACUUCUGAAUAGAACGGAAUAAUUUAAAAGCUAGGGUACAUAAGUAAUUUGUAUUGAAAAGAACCCGAAACAACACAUUUAUUUAUUUUUAUCAAGUUUUGAAGGACCUUGUGGUCUGUCAGCUAGUCAACUUUUAAACCAAAAAUUGGUGACGGUGUUGGAGAACAAACACCAGGGGCAUCUCAUUUGGAGAUGCAAGUUCGAUUUUUGCUCAUAACGAAACUGUCAGUAACAUCACACACACUCCGUAAGUAACAGAGUGUGUGUGAUGUUACUGACAGUUUCGUUAUGAGCAAAAAUAGAACUUGCAUCUCUAAAAAAUAAA